AUGUCGAUCCCACCCGCGCUUCAACAGCAACUGCGCCUCCUCAUCCGCGCAAACCACAUCCUCCACCACCACGGCCUCGUCGACGCCUUCGGCCAUAUCUCAGUCCGCCACCCCUUGAACAAAGACCAAUACAUCAUCGCCGCCUACGACCCAGGCGCCCCAGCCCUCGUCAAAAACGUCAGCGACUUCAAUUCCUACUGGGUCCGGGACUCGUCCCCCGUCGACAAAGAUGCGCCCCAAGGCUACAGCGAGCGCUUCAUCCACGGCGAGAUACUGCGGAAAUUCCCAAAAGCCAAUUGCGUCGUACACUCGCAUUCUGAAGACGUAAUCCCUUUUACCAUUGCUCAUGGCGCCGCGCAUCCGCACCCCGUGCGUCCCGUGUUCCACAUGGCCGGGUUCCUGGGCCAGAGCGGGGCUGCCGUAUUCACCAUGGAUCGUCUGUACGGCACGUCGCGGGCGCCGACGGAACGCGACUUACUAAUUAAAAAUGCAGAGUUGGGAGAGGCACUCGCCGCGCAGCUGCGCAUGGAGAGUCCGGUCGUACUACAACACAAACACGGUUUUACAACCUUUGGCACGAGCAUCGAAGAAGCCGUGUAUCGUGCGAUUUAUACGCAGAAAAACUGUGUCUUGUUGCAGCGUGCGAUUGCCAUUGCGGGGGGUGAUGCAGAGGCGGUGCAGUAUCUUUCGUCCGAGGAAAUCAAGGAUUGCGCAGUUAUGAAUAGGAAGACGCUGGAUAAGUCGUUUCGGCUGUGGCUGCGCGAAGUCCAGGUCAAUCGGCUGUAUCAAAACGAUGAAGGGGAGCCCGAGAAGGGGAAAGUGGCAGGUAUGAAGAUGUAG